AUGUGUUGAGGUCUAGUCGGCAGUAAAUAUAUUAACGCUUAGCUAGUAUUAAUCUACUUUUACUUUCGUUCCGAAUCUGGGCGCUUCGGCUGUUCCACUAUGAGCGUGGAACCGUGUGUCGACACUCCUCAUCAAUCGGAAAGUCAUAGUUUACUGGAAGAGGAUACUGCACCGAAUGACCAUGAGGUUGAGGAUGCAGACGACCAUGAUAUCGUAGUAAUGCUUGAGGACGGCGAUUUGCAGCUGAAGCAUCGAGAGAAUCCUGAGAUACAGAGUCCGAUGAGAAGCAUCAAUAGCGUUCUCAAAGAGGCGGAGAAUAUAAUGACCGAUGGUCCGUUACAAGCAUCAACGAAUAGGGAAAGGCAGCAAGUUAUUAUGGACCAUGUCGACGUAGAAUACAGUCCACGAAAAGUGUUCCAACCUAUCGAAAUAGUUGUGCGCCAUCACAAAGUUGUUGAGCAAUCUGCGAGUGAUAGCGACGAGGAGGAUGGAAUGGGUGGUGGAAGAUCCAAUCAGUCUAGGAGGCUUUCGACUGUACAUGAAGGGAAGGAACGUCUUACCCCAAUGCAAGAUGAGCCGUGUUCAUCCAAGUCAAACAACAUACCUGCAAAUAAUUUUAAACGUGGACAUCGUCGUGCUUGGAGUAUGCCGAGUGCUAAAGGUGAAAAAAUGACGUUAGCUGUCAUUCAUGAUCAAGAAACUAUGCAAGAUGGAAAUACUCAUCACCGGCGAGUUGUCCGCUAUCGUCUGCAUCCUGCUAAGAAAGCACGGAUGAUCGCUGGGAAAGAUGACAGUAUCGAAAAAACCAAUUUCGAUACUCCUGGAAUUCGAUUUGAUUUAUCUAACCUACCAAAUCCCGAAGAUGAUGACCACGAACUGGAGGUAGAAAUCAACGAAGAAGCGGUGACUAUUCCUGGAGAAUCGGGAAAAGGAGCUAGAACAGUCAUUAAAAGAUUCUGGGAAGCUCGAUGGAAGGCCACUAACUUUGAAGGUCUUCCUGAGUGGCUUCAAGAUAAUGAGUAUCUUAGAACAGGGCAUCGUCCUCCUUUGCCAUCAUUUAGUAGCUGCUUCAAAAGCAUUUUCGCACUACAUACUGAGACCGGAAACAUUUGGACACACAUGUAUGGUUGUGUGGCUUUCAUCGGGGUUGCCCUGUGGUUUCUGACUCGUCCGAGUACUCAGAUACAACUCACGGAAAAGCUCAUAUUUUCCAAUUUCUUUGCCGGCGCUAUACUAUGCCUUGGCAUGUCAUUCCUGUUUCACACUGUUGCUUGUCAUUCUGAUUCUGUGGGAAAACUGUUCAGCAAGUUGGAUUAUACAGGAAUUACGAUGUUGAUAGUCGGUUCUUUUAUACCGUGGCUUUACUACGGCUUCAACUGCCGUCCACAGCCGAUGAUUAUAUAUAUCACUAUGAUCACCGUAUUAGGUGUACUAGCAAUGAUAGUAUCAUUAUGGGAUAAGUUCGCGGAACCUAUGUUUAGGCCAGUCAGAGCGGGUGUAUUUGUCGCUAUGGGGCUAUCUGCACUCGUUCCCGCCGCUCAUAUGAUGUAUGUGGAUGGACUCGAUUUCAUGUAUCACAAGGCGUCGCUUGUUUGGAUGGUCUCUAUGGGUUCUAUGUACAUUGGUGGAGCGGCUAUAUACGCAACAAGAAUUCCAGAAAGAUGGUUUCCUGGCCGAUGCGAUCUAUGGUUCCAAUCACAUCAACUGUUCCAUACUUUUGUUGUCAUAGCUGCUUUCACACAUUUUCAUGCUAUUACCGAAAUGACAAUGAUUAAUCGCAUGGAGGGAUCUUGUGCUGAGAGAUUGUUAGAGAGGUACGGAUCGGAAUACUACCCUUCAUUCCUGGGAACUCUAUUAGGACUAGAUGAGGAUCCUAACAUCAAAUCCUGGACUCCUGACAUGCGGCCUCCAUGAUUUCAGCAGUUUUUAUCGAAUGCAGUUGUUUUUGUAUGCUCUAUCAUUCAUUAUUGUGCGUAAUUUAAUUAUACAAAACAUCAUGACCUCCAUUGAAAGUGAUGUGAUCUGGUGAUUGGCAGCUGGCUAUUUAGAUCUUACGAAUGUGCUCUCGAGAUUUUAUGCGGCUUAUUUCCACCUUACAACCGUAUGUCGAUUUUUUAAAUUAUAAUGAGACAGUGAUUCGAAGCUCUUUCAGCUGUAUUCAACAUUUUCUACUUCAAAAUCUUUGCUUAUAAAACAAAAAAUACAUUUCGAUAAAUUUUUCUUUGCUU